CGCGCCUAUCCCCCAGCGUGGCCCAUGGCUUCCCCGCGCCUGGGCACGGCCUGCUGCCCCACGCGGGACGCCGCCACGCAGCUGGUGCUGAGCUGGCAGCCGCGGGCCUUCCACGCGCUGUGCCUGGGCAGCGGCGCGCUCCGCCUGGCGCUCGGUCUCCUGCAGCGGCGGCCCCCGAGCGCCCCUCGGCGCGCGCCCCCGGCCGCCCCCCGCAUCCUGCGCGCCGCCUCCGCCUGCGACCUGCUCGGCUGCCUGGGAAUCGCCGUCCGCUCUGCAGUGUGGCUGGGCUUCCCGGACUUUGUGGCACAGGUGUCUGACGGAAACAGCACGGAGCCCUGGGCUGCCGCCUUCUGUGUGGGGAGCGCGGUGUGGGUGCAGCUACUGUACAGCGCCGCCUUCUACUGGCUCUUCUGCUACGCGCUCGACGCCUACCUGGUGGUCCGCAGGUCCACGGGGUUCAGCACCAUCCUCGUCUACCACAUCAUGGCCUGGGGCCUGGCCGUGCUACUGUGCGUGGAGGGCGGGCUCAUGCUCUACUCCCCGUCUGUGUCCAGGUGCGAGCGGGGCCUGGAGCAGGCCAUCCCGCACUACGUGAGCACGUACUUUCCCCUGCUACUGGUGCUGCUGGUCAACCCCAUCCUCUUCAGGAAGACGGUGGCUGCUGUGACAUCCCUGCUCAAAGGAAGACAAGGCGUCUACACGGACACCGAGAGGCAGAUGGGCUCCAUGAUCAAGACCCGAUUUGUCAAAAUCAUGCUGGUUCUAAUUACCUGCUGGCUGCCCAACGUCAUCAAUGAGAGCCUGUUAUUCUACCUGGAAACGCAACCGGACAUCAGCCGGGGCUCUCUGAGGCAGGCCAGGACUGCAGCGAAGACCACCUGGUUCAUUCUGGGCAUCCUGAACCCGGCCCAGGGCUUCCUCUUGUCCCUGGCCUUCCAUGGCUGGACGGGCUGCGGCGCACCUGGGCGGUCCACAACGAAGGAGAUCCCGUGGGAGUCGCUGACCUCCGCUCCUGAGCCCGCUUAUCCGUCCCCUGAGGGCUCCCGCGGGCCCCUCAACGGGCUCCCUUCCCGGAAGGUGGGAGCGGGCCACACAUCGGAUGAAGCCCUGAGCCUGCUGUCCGAAGGCUCCGACGCCAGCACCAUUGAAAUCCAUGUUGGCAGCAACGGGGCCGUCCACGGAAAAAGCUCGGUGCCCGAAGUCCACGGAGACGUGUGAGGGAAGUGUCGGGG